AUGUCCCGUACGAAGACAACGGGUCCAGGCAAGGUGCAUGGUCAGGUACAUGCUUUCGUGCACAGGAGCAUUACACUGACUGGUCACGACUGGAUAGAUGAGGGCAUGCAGCUUUUCAGACACGAUACAGCAAUUUUCCCAAGGGACUACUUGGUACCAGCACCAACUGAGAAUUGGCAAGCCAUGAGAAAGAAGCUUGUGGAGCCGCCGCAGCUGUCCAACUAUUUUCGGAUGGUCCUUCAGAUGUUGGGUACGCCGAAGUUUGAGGAUGGCAGAUGGCGGGUCAAUGCAAGCAUGGAAUUGGUUCCAGUGGAGCUUUCGCUUUUCUGGAAGGGACACAGCCCUAGGCAUUUUUUGCCGCAGACUUCAGCUGCCAUUGGGUGUGACAAACAUGACAGAGACUUCUUGGGCAGGUGGUCGAUAGGGCGAGUGGGGUCCAAUGCAUACCUCCACACCUCCCGCCAGAUCACUGAGAGGAUCCAGCAGCAAGUGCGAGACUCUUUCUACGGAGCAGAGGUGGCAUAUGACGAGAGUGAAUUGCUGGACAGUGUCCGCGAGUUUGCGGAGAAGUCUGAUUUGAGCGGGCAACGGGUCCGGAGACGCCACAAGAUGCUUCCUUUGCCCAAGGCAGAGGACAUGGUCAGGUAUGGGUAUGAGGAGGAGAGUGAUGAAGAGGACCCACAACAACCGAUUGAUGGGGAACACCCCGCACCAGUCGAUGUGGAUGACGACAUGGCGUACUUUGUCACGGUCUCCAGGAGGACAGGCUUCCGGAGGCUUCAUGUCACUGGCAAAUGUCAUGUCCAUGCAGAACGAUGUCAGCAAGCAGAAACAGUUGAGUCAGCAGAAGUGCGGGAGGCAUUGCGCACUGACUUUCGUAUUGAUCCAGCAACAAGUCCAGAGACUAGAGCAGAUGUUGCCAAAGUGUUGACGGCAUGGGAGUUGUCACGUUCAAUGACAGCAAAAGAGCAAGAGCUUCAAGCAGAGACGAAAGUGUUGGGCAUGCCGCGCGUUCUUCAGCAUACUGAACGCCAGGCCAUGGUGAAAGCUGUGGAAGUCACAUUGGGUAAGCUUCAAGAUGCAGAGAUCCCUAGCAAUGAGUACCUGGCCUUGAAAGUCGAGGAGUGCGAAGCCAAUGAACCCCAGGCUCUGGGGCUCGAUGAGGUGUCUUCGCGUUCAGACACGAGCUCGUCGGCAUUGCAGACAUCGCUUGAUUCAUCUGGGCAUGUCCGGGUCACGAAAGUGAAGACCAAAGGGCGCCUCCCAGAGGACACAGAGUCACUUCGCAGGGCCUUGAAGCUGGAGGCCAUCAGCUGGCUUUGCAUGUCAGCAAAGUUUCGAAACAAGACAUGGCUCCAUGGGCUGGAGUUGCAGCACUGGACAAAGUACACGGAGUAUUUGCUUGGUGAAAAGGUGCUGGGGUUGAAAUUCAACGUUGAAGGCCAGACCCAUGCAGUGAAACCUCCAUGGGCAGUUAUCCUCAGCUACGAGCAAAAGAUGCGCAAAGAAGUCUUCAAGCUUGUGCAGGCUGGUACCCACACUGUUGCGGAAGGCUUGGCAGCGGUGAUAAGGGAUGCAGAAAUCAAGGAAGCGCACUUUACAGCUCCUAUUGCUUUGGGGGUUGGCUGGAACAACCAAAGGACCACGCAGCCACAGCCCAACAAGUGGCAGCGAACGAGUUACAAAGGGAAGCCUCAGCACAAAGGAGCCAAAGGUGGAAAAGGAAAAGGCAAGUCUGGCAAAGGCAACGCCAGGGAUUUCAACGGCAGCAGCUUGGAUUUUGACCUGAAUGUCCGCGAAGUGGACAUUGAGCGCUCUGAGUCUGACGACCUCAGCAGUGCACAGCUGUGGGAACAACUUUUUGCAGAGAUUCGUGAUGGCAAGUAUGAUGUGAUUAUCAUGUCACCACCAUGCGGGACUUGGUCAAGAGUCCGCUUUCAAUGGCAGCUGCAUCCAGGGCCGCGCCCACAGCGCAACAAGUCGUGGCCCUGGGGUUUUCCAUGGUUGUCAGCUGCACAACGCAAGAAAGUUGACGUGGCAAAUUAUUUUGUUUCUCAAACUAUCCAGGCUGCAUACAUUGCCUCCGCAGCAGGGACCUUCUUUCUGAUUGAACAUCCAGAGGAUUUGGGGUCAGUUAAUGGUGAAUACCCAGCAUCGAUCUGGCAACUGGAAGACAUGCGCGACCUUCAAAUUGCCACAGAAGCGACAACAUGGGCAAUUUUCCAAUGCGCCUUCGGGGCGGACACCAGCAAACCCACCAGGUUUCUUUCUACAAUACCGGGCAUCAAGUCGCGCUAUGCGAAGUGGCCGUCAUUUGAUCAAGAUGGCCGAUAUUUGGGGCCAUUGCCAGCUCGGUGCACUCACAAGCGUCAUGUCAGGCGUUUGAUUGGAAAAGACUCCCAGGGACGUUGGGUCACCGGGCCUGCUGCAGCAUAUCCACCUGGCUUGUGCAAAUAUCUUGCAACCCUUGUGGCCUCCGUCCUGCGGAAAGGGGAUCACCACAGGGUUAAAGAGGGGCUUGUUUCUCCGAGACCUGUUUCCCCUCCUGCUGAAGCGGUUACGAAGCAUGUGGCUCCUGAGUCGAAGCAGAUACAACAACAACAGAUUGAAGUUGAUGAGGAGGACAAACAGUCGCUGGCUGAACAACCGGCGGCACAGGCUGUUGGUACCAGUAAAACAGUAGAGGUGCAGCACACUGUUUCGCGUUUCAACUGGGGUAGGCCUUUGAUGGUGGAAUGGUCAGGUGAAGAGAGAGAGAUCGUUGAUGGUUUUGGACUGUGCUCACCCAAUAGGUGGGCGCCUGGUUGCAGAGGUGUUGGACAGAGCGUGCGUUCAAUGGAGCUCAAUACAAAGAUCCACGAUUUGUUGAGGAAUUUUGUCCAUGAGCAGCUGGGAGACCUUCGCCUUAUGGCUUUCAAACUGGCGACUGGGAAGUUGACGGAGUCCCCCUUUGGGGGGGACGCUCUUGACCUGUUAAGGAAGCGGUGGGCAGCUUUGCUGCCGGUCCCAGGCAGUGCUAUGGGGAGAGCAGAAGGCCAACCUUUCUUUUUGGACCUCAUGGCGCAGACUCUGAAGAUCCAGGAAGAUCCGGAUCAUGAAAUUUUGGUGGCAGACAGAGACUCCUUUUCGUCUGGCGUGCCGGUUGGGUACGAAGAGCCUAUACCACCUGCUCCUGAUGUGUUUCGUGCCCGGUUAAAACAGAGCAACCUGGACUCUUCUGAGUACAUGGAGGAGGCACGCAACUACAAGUCUGCGGUGGAGAACAAGGAAGGGCUUGAAAGCAAGUUCAGAGAGGACGAGGCGCAAGGCAUGAUGUUCCCCACGACUAUGGGAGUUUUGAAAGAGCGCUACCCGGGAAAACCUAUCCUGGUGGCGGCCAUGGGGGCAAUCAAGAAACCAGAUGGGAGCGUUAGGGACACCAUGAAGGCUUUCUUCACGGUGUCAGCAGACAUCAAGGCGGCGCACAGGCUGGUGGCUAGGCUGCUCUUGGACAGGUGGAUUUUACAACUGGUUUACGUGGACGAUCUCCACGUUGUUUGCGUGGGUGAGCAGAAGUUUGAGACUUUGUGGAUGGCAAUUGCGGCCUAUGAAGCUUUGGGCACACCUUUUGGAUACAAGAAGUUUUCUGGAGGCAUGGACGUCCAGUUUGUUGGAUACCGUGUUGACUACCGCAACAUGGAGGUUGGCAUAAGUGGAGCCCGCGGUCAAUGGCUGCUUAGUUUUCUCAGAGAGCUGAGGAGGGAUGGCUAUACAGUGCAUGUCCACAGGUUUGCAGAGUUUCUUGGGCGGCUCGGCUUCACCUGCCGCGUCCUGUUGUGGUUGAAGCCGCAUCUGGCCCCGCUUUACUCUUGGGCGUCAGCAGUUAGCAAAAGCACAGUUGCUACGGCCCCACGCCUGGUCAGGCUGGUUUGCAUGUUUCUGGAAAAGCAGUUUGAGGAGCAGAAGUUCAUGUUUUCUUGCGUGAAGCCGCAGUGGUUUUCAGUGCGGGUCACACCGCGUGAUGCUCCUUACUUGUUCAAAGAGAACGGAGACAGUGAGUGGGCUUCGGCACCAGCUGAGUUGCUUGCCGUUUUGGUGGCGCUACGGUUGUUUGGCUACCUGGAGCCCAAGACAGGUAGGACGUGCAUACGUUUGUGGAUUCAGAGCGGGACUGACAACCGUUCCAUUGACUUCUUGUCCAAAAAGAACUCCACUACCCGCUGGCCUCUCACCUUAGUCAACAUGCAGCUUUCACAUUUCUUGAUGAGGUCAGGUGUCAGGUUGAGUCUGGCGUGGAGACCGAGGGACGAGAACACCCUCGCUGACGAUUUGACGAACUCCAAGUUUGGAGGGGUUGACAUGGACAAGAGAAUUUCCUGCCUGUUUUCAGAUUUAGAUUUGAGUUUGUUGGCGAGCCUUUGGGAAGCCAGAGAAGAGUACUUAGACCGCGACUCUUGGGCGGUUUACGGAAAAGGCAAAGACAAAGGUGAAAAGACGGCAUGGGGUUAA